ACAUAUAUCAACUGACUCGACCCACACGCUCAUUUUUUGACGGACGCCCUUGGCGCAUACGAAGCAUUUCAGAAUCACAAGGUUAGACCAUUUCCGGCUUUGCUUGAAGCACAGUCGACUCAUUUUCCAACGAACCUAUCAACAUGCUGUUCCUUGAGAUUGCGUUCCAGUUCACGAGCCUGCUUAUGGCAUCACAGGUGGUUUUCAGCCGGAAGAUCACCGUGAAGAACUCGUGUAAAACCACAGUAUGGCCCGGGAUGCACACGGGUGGUGGAACCGCUCCCGAUCAUGUGACGGGAUGGGAGGCAGUACCUGGAUCCGAAGAGACAUUUGAGGUCGCCGACAAUUGGACGGCUGGACGAAUCUGGGCAAGAACAGGAUGCGUCGUUCAAGAUGGUAACUUCCAGUGUCUGACUGGACAGUGCGGUUCAGGUGAAGGAGGGGACAUGACUUGUAUGAAUACAAACACACCUCCGUCUACUCUAGCCGAGUUCACACUCGCCACGGCGGGUGAAGACAACUAUGACAUCUCUCUAGUUGAUGGGUUCAACGUGCCACUCAAUAUCAUUCUCUCCAAAUCUGACUGUCCUCAACCUACCUGUAUGGGUAAUAUUAACCCGCUCUGUCCACCCUUACUUCGAACCGGACUGGAUAGUAACGGUGUCAAUCUAGGAUGCCUUGCAGCGUGUAAUGCAGGAUUCGGCGCGGAGACCUAUGGAAACAGAGCUUGCUGUACUGGAUCUUACAACGAUCCUAUCAUGUGUGGAAUCUGUGGUGUCGACUAUUAUAGCUUGUUCAAGGAUAAUUGCAACAUGAGUUAUGCUUAUGCCUACGAUGAGAAAUCCGAGAGCGCCCUCUGGACCUGCCCUUCUUCUCCAGGCAGUCUUUCAGACUAUACGAUCGAGUUUUGUCCCGAUGGGAGAGACUACGUUGGAUCGAGAUUCGCCGGCACGGAAUACCUUGACGCCACCGCGAAAUGCACCUCGCAAGCUACCUCAGGUCCUCAAACUUUCUCUGUACCUCCCAGCCCCAGCACUACCAUUGCCCAAGGGACACUUCAGGUCGUAGCGACUGUAGCGACUGGCUUAGAUGGAGCAGCAGCUAUCGAAAUCAGGCCUUCGCCACCUCCCGUUUCUGCGGCCACCUCGCCGAAUGCAGCAGCAGCAGUGACCUCGAGUGCACCGGCGGUAGUAUCUGGUGCUAGACUUUCUCUCGCAUCAAGCGCAGACCAGGUCGUGGUGGUUUGGGAAACAAAGACAUCGACUGCCAUCAAGACCGCCGGCUGUAAGGCAUCUGCCCCGGCUGCUGUAAACUUGUUGCUGCAUCCCAACGAGGAUGAAGCGGUAAGAGGUGGUCAGUGGCUCGCGCCUCAAAAGAGGGCUCAAAAGAGAAGCAACCGGAUGACCAGGGUCCACUGAAACAUACAAUUCAGAGAGGUACGGAGAUAUCCACGAGUCUGACAAUAUGCGAUGGCCGUUCAUGCAAAAUAUACAGUG